GCUGCUGGAGCUGCACUGUGGGCAACAGGCCGUGCCUCAUUCACAGACAGCGCAGGAGCUGUCCGACGCAAAUAGGAAACCUCAUGCGUAAUCAGUCAGCACUGAACCAGUGAGCCAAUUGGAUGAGGAAGUCUGAUUUAAUCAAGGCUUCUUCCUUCCUUUUUGUGAAACACAGAAUGUGCCUGUUAGAAGAAAGCACAGACAUAUUUUUCUGCGCUUUGAAAACGCAAAGCAGGCUUGUUGUGACUUUGGACACAUUAUGCAGGCACCACAACUGAAAGGUCUUCAGCAGUAUUCAGUGAUUGCUUGCGAUGGACCAAGGUUCGCACUGCGCAGCAGAAAGGGAGCUGUUGGAAGCUGUAAACAGGAUUACUAUGUUUUCUACCACAAGUCCACCUGAUAAAGAGCAAAAUCAACCCCAAGCUGAAAUUUCAUGUCAAGUGAAAAAAGAAAACCCAGAAAAAGAUGACCUGCAAGAUUCCAGUGCAUCCCUAAGUCCCAACUCUUCAAUGACCACUAAGGAGCUUCAGGAAUAUUGGAGGAAUGAAAAACGCCAGUGCAAACAAGUCAAACUUGUUUUUGAAAUCCCAUCAACCAGAACUGUAGAGCAUCACUUAUCUAAAUAUGUGAUGUAUAAAAUCAUCAUUCUGCAAACAGGGAGUUUUGACAACAACAAGUCUGUAAUUGAACGCCGUUACUCAGAUUUCGAGAAACUACACAGAAAUCUGCUGAACGAGUUUAGUGAAGAAAUGGAAGAUGUGACCUUUCCCAAAAAAGCUCUGACAGGGAACUUCACAGAAGAAAUAAUCAAUGAGAGAAAAUUAGCCUUCAAGGACUACCUGAGACUUCUAUAUUCUAUGAAAUAUAUCAGAAGAUCAAAAAAAUUUAUUGAUUUUUUAACAAGGCCAGAGCUUCAGGAAGCAUAUGGGUGCCUGCGGGGUGGCCAGUACACCAAAGCUUUGGAAAUCCUGUUAGAAGUCAUUGGUCUGCAGGCAAGGCUGACAAGAGGCAACCCUGUCUCAAUUGUCCCUACUCUCUGUGCCAUAGUGGUGUGCCAUAAGGACCUGGAAAACCCAGCAAGUGCCUUUGAAUAUGGAGAAAAAGCUCUGUCGCACCUUUGUGUACAUACUAGCCACAGGUAUUACAUUCCAUUGUUAGAAACAAUGAUCACUCUGGCAUAUGAACUUGGCAAGGAUUUUCUGUCUUUUCAAGAAAAACUGGAAGAAUGGAAGGCAAAAAAGGAUCCUAUUCGUAUUUUUACCCUGAAAGAACUUGCAGUUCGCGAGUAUGUACAAUGAACACACGAAACAAUUUCUUUAAAGAGCAAAGCUGUCAACUUCUUUUCCUGAACACAAGCUUUUGAAAGAAUAAGAACUGGAAAUUACCUGUUUGGGUAACAUAAUAUUGCAUUAAUAGAAAAAAAAUAUAUAUUUUUCAUGUUCAGAAGGGACAUUUACAGGUAUGUUGGAAAGUAGUAUACUUACUCUACAAAUAUGAAGAGCACUUGAGCUUAUUAAGGUUUUUGGAAACAAAUUUGCAACAAAAAAUCAUUUAUGAUUUGCUUAUUUUGAAAGUAGCCUAUUUCAUGUGAAAAGUCAGAAUAGGGAAAUAAAAUUAAGAAAGCCCUUAAGAAUCUGCAGAA